CGCAGAAGGCCUUUCCAGCCGCGGCGGCUUAUUGGCUGCUGCUUCGACACAUAUCGCGUUCUUUUUCCUCCCCGCGCCUGCGCAGUUUCUUCCUUCGUGCUUCCCGGGCUUCGGGCGGCGGCUGCUCCCGGGGGGCGACAAAACAGCCCUGCCAGGAGGCUCGCGGUCCCGUUGCAAAAGGCGAGGAUGGUGGGCGCGACGGCGGUGCAAGGCCCCGUGGGCUUGCAUGAGUUGCUGCUGGCUGGAGCGGAGCAGGGAAGCAGCAGCAGCAGCGCUGGCAUUGCUGCCGCCACCCCUGCCGCCAGCACUGCAGCCGCUGCUCCUGCUGCCGCUGCCGCCCCCGCUGCUCCUACCACUAGCAGCAGCAGUAGCGGCCCCGGGGUAGUUACCCCGGGGGAGGAAGAAGAGGUCUGCGUGGUGGGGAUCUUCGGGAAGACCGCCUUGCAGCUCAGCUCGGAGAAGGCGGCCUUGGUGAACACGGUGUGCGACAGGCAAGUCUUCCCCCUUUUCCAGCGCGGCGGCGAGGCCAGAUCUUCCGCUGGAGGAACUGAUAGUGCAGGAGGGCAAGGCGGUGGCGGCGGCGGCGCAGCAGACCCAGGAACCGUUUCCCCCUCGGCUUCUUCCUCCGCUUCCUCUUCCUCCUCCGCCUCCUCUUCCGCCGCCUCCUCUUCCCAGGGCGACUACAACCUCCUGGAAGCCUAUUACAGCCAGGAUUGCAAGGUGCUCUACCUGGUCCUCACGUCCAUCUGCGACAGCCACCAGCUUCUGCAAGCCUGCAAGGACCUGGAUGCCAUGGGGGAUGCCCGAGGGCCUGGCAGCUUGGGGGCUCACCUCCUGGCCCCGGGCAGCUCCCAGCUGCCCCACGCCGAGGCCCACGAGUUCUGGAAGCACCAGGAGAAGCUCCACUGCCUCAGCCUCCUCUACCUCUUCUCCGUCUGCCACAUCCUGCUCAUGGUCCACCCCACCUGCUCCUUCGACAUCACCUACGACCGGGUCUUCCGAGCCUUGGACGGCUUGCGGCAGAAGGUGCUGCCCUCUCUGAAGGCCGCUAUCAAGGACUGCCCCGUUGGCAAGGACUGGAAGCUCAACUGCAGGCCUUGCCCGCCCCGCCUCCUCUUCCUCUUCCAGCUCAACGGAGCCCUGAAGGUGGAGCCCGCACCCGGCAGGGGGCAGGAGUUCUGUGGGCACCUGGAGAAGCCCCCCGCGAAGAAGCACUCUCCCAAACGGCGACUCCAGCAUGCCUUGGAGGACCAGAUCUACCGCAUCUUCCGCAAGAGCCGGGUCUUGACCAACCAGAGCAUCAACUGCCUCUUCACCGUCCCGGCCAACCAGGCUUUUGUUUACAUCGUGGCCGGCGGGGCGCAAGAGGGCGACGACCCCAUUGCUGUCUUGCUGGACCAGCUGCGGAGCAACUGCACCACCCGGGAGACGGAGGCCUCGCUGGCGCCUGCCUUGGCUGGGCCUCGGAGGUACCAGGCCAUGCGGCACGGGAGACAGCAGCUGUCUUUCCACGUGGAGAGCAGCAGCAGCAGUUCCAGCUCCUCAGGGCAGCUGGUGGACUGCACCUUGAAGGAGUUCCUCUUCCAGCACGUGGAGCUGGUCCUGGGCAAGAAGGGCUUUGACGACAGUGUAGGGAGGAACCCGCAGCCUUCCCACUUUGAGCUGCCCACCUACCAGAAGUGGGUGGCCACAGCCCUGAAGCUGUACGAAGUGGCCAUUGAAGGCAAGGACAGCGACCCAUCUUCGGCCAUCGGGGAGCUGACCUCCAAAAUCAUGGGGAGCAUCAAGGUUUUGGAAGGCUACCUGGACAUUGACACCAAAUUCUCAGAGAACCGCUGCCAGAAGGCCCUCCCCAUGGCCCACAGUGCCUACCAGUCCAACCUGCCCCACAACUAUACCAUGACUGUUCACAAGAACCAGCUGGCCCAGGCCUUGCGGGUCUACAGCCAGCACGCCCGGGGACCAGCCUUUCACAAGUAUGCCCUGCAGUUGCACGAAGACUGCUACAAGUUCUGGAGCAAUGGGCACCAGCUAUGCGAGGAGAGGAGCUUGACCGACCAGCAUUGCGUGCAUAAAUUUCACUUGCUUCCGAAAUCGGGGGAGAAACCUGAACCAGACAGGAACCCACCUGUCCUGUACCAUAACAGCCGAGCUCGCUCCACUGGCACCUGCAACUGUGGGAGGAAACAAGCACCCCGGGAUGACCCAUUCGACAUCAAAGCAGCAAAUUACGAUUUCUAUCAGCUGCUGGAAGAGAAAUGCUGCGGGAAACUGGACCACAUCAACUUCCCCAUCUUCCAGCCAAGCACUCCAGAUCCAGCACCGGCAAAGAAUGAGACGUCGCCCAGCCCUCCAGAGGGCGAAGCCGAAAAGCUGAAGGAGAAGGAGCCGCAGACUCAGGGGGAGAGCACCAGCCUGAGCUUAGCGCUCAGUCUGGGCCAGUCCACGGACAGCCUGGGGACCUACCCAGCCGACCCUCAGGGCGGAGGGAACAACACGGAGUCUCACGGGCAGGCAGCUGACUCCAAAGGAGAGAAGAGGCCCAGCUUGGUUGACCGCCAAGCCUCGACGGUUGAGUAUCUGCCAGGGAUGCUCCACUCCAAUUGCCCCAAGGGCCUCCUGCCCAAGUUUUCCAGCUGGUCGCUGGUAAAACUCGGCCCUGCCAAGGCUUACAACUUCCACACCGGCUUAGACCAGCAGGGUUUCAUCCUGGGAACGAAUUAUCUAAUGCCUUGGGACAUUGUCAUCCGGACACGGACGGAAGAGGAGGGGGAGCUGGACACGAAUUCCUGGCCGGCUCCUAACAAGGCUGUCCCCGGGAAAAGGAGUGCAGUCGUCAUGGGCAGAGGGAGGCGGCGGGACGAUGUGGCCCGGGCCUUUGUGGGGUUCGAGUACGAGGAUGCCCGCGGCCGGAGGUUCAUGUGUUCGGGCCCCGAGAAGGUCAUGAAGGUGAUGGGAGGGGGGCCAAAGGAAUCGGCUCUCAAGGCUCUCAACUCCGACAUGCCCCUGUACAUCCUGUCGUCCAAUCCGGGGCGGGGGCUGAAGCCGCACUAUGCUCAGCUGAUGAGACUCUUUGUUGUGGUGCCUGACGCUCCGCUGCAGAUAGUACUGACGCCACAGGUUCAGCCAGGGCCACCUCCUUGCCCUGUCUUUUACCCGGAGAAACAAGAGAUAAAACUUCCUUCCGAUGGACUGUGGGUUCUUCGGUUUCCUUACGCCUACGUGACGGAACGCGGACCGUCCUUCCCUCCAAAGGAAAACCAGCAGCUCAUGAGUUACAAGGUGCUUCGAGGAAUAUUAAAAGCUGUGAUACAAUAGGACUUACUUGACCACACAAGUUGAAUUGGCUUUGGAAUUUAGUAUUUUCUUACCUUCCCCCCCACCUCCACCCCAUUAUAAAUGACGGAUUUUGAUUAACAGCAGCUGGAAUUCACACAGCAAUCACUGCUUUGAUUUUAUUGCACUUAAAAAGUCCCGGUGUUGAAACCAUAUGUAUGUGCCAAGUCCUAUCAGAGACACUGGACUGGUGGGGUAUAUUAAUGCGGGAGCCAAAUUAAGUUCUAGUUUGUAAAGGUCUGUGGAUCAAGAUGAAGAAAGGAAAAAUAAAACGUAAGACCUGCUCUUAA